AUGAUGUAUGCUGCAACUACUGGUGAUAUUUCAUCUAUUCAAAGAUAUCUUUUAUUGGGUGCAAGUAUCGCUGAAAGAGAUUAUGAUGAUCGUACUGUUUUACAUGUUGCUGCAGCACAUGGUAAUGAGAAUGUUCUCAAAUUUUUAUUGCAACGAUGGCAAGAAAGUCCAGAUCCAUUGGAUCGUUAUGGACGAAACCAUUGGAUGAUGCUAGAGAAUUUGGUCAUAGUAAUUGUGUGGAAAUUUUAG